AUGUGAUUGCCGAAAUAUUUUGCAAACGAAAUUCGAAUCAUUUCACUCAGUUUUGCUAGUAAUUUGCAAAAGUUCAGUUCAUUUCUAAAUUGACUUCGCUUAUUUGACACAUUUGACUGAAGUUUUUUUGGGACAUUUUAAUUAUUUGGACUCCUUAGUUUUUAGUACAAGUUUUGGAGGCUAAAAGUUUGAAGAAGUGUGUGAGUUUUAUUGCGGAAAAUAGUAAAAGUUUCUAAAAUGUUUAAAAAAGUGUUCAAGGAUAAUAAAAAUGCAUUGACGUUGUUGCUGUUAUUAGGACUUUUUGGAAUUACUAUGAUUGAAGCACUACAAUGUUAUGAUUGCUACGAUUGCGAUGAUGACGAGGAUCUCAACGAACUACAAAUCUGCGGCGAAUUUGCCACAACACCAGCAUCCGGGAAUGGCGAUAACUCAGAGAAUAUGGUUGUCGUAACAAGAAAUACUACUCUAGGUCCUGGUAAUACAACAAAUACCGCCACAACAAGUAAUACAACCAAAGAACCAACGUUCAAUGAAGGCGACAGCGAAGAUAAUAGCGAGGAUGAAGAUGAUGAGAAUGACGUUGAUGAAUAUGAUGAUGAAUGGCGUUUUCAACCCAGUCGACAUAUGUCCAGCAGAACGGGUGAUGACGUGUGCUAUGUAGUGAAACUGAAAGUCAAUGACACCAUCAUUACGAAACGUGGUUGUGCAACAUUUUUGGAUGAUGAUGACACUUGUAAAUCCGUUUCUGCUGGCUUAAACCUACAAACUUGUCACCUAUGUGAAGCGGAUGGUUGCAAUAAAUUCACUGGUUAUAGUGACGAUUGGGGUGCUCUGUGGAAUGGUGUUGAAAAAGUAAAUGCGGAACUUUGGUUUAUUUUACCGUUGUUAAUUUUACUGAUUUUUUUAAAAUAUUAAAUGAAAUUGAUUAUUUAAAAAACAAUAAUAAUAUUAAUUUCUUAAAUUUAUUUUAGAUUUUGUGUAUACCUAUCAGUCACAAAUAGAGCU